AUGCAGGACGACCCGGAUACUAUCUUCUUGUUGGGUCCGGGAUCGAUUUUCGAAAACCUGUGUUGGUGCGAAAUAUGUAGAAUGAUGAGGGUGAGGAUGUUUUAUAAGGAGAUGGGCAUGUCAUCUUCAGAGUUUAACUCAAGUGGGACUAAACGGAAAAUUGGUCGGACUGCGACACCCACAAACAAAGGAACAUCCCUUCAAGAUUCUCGAAAUAAAACAACUUCUUGUGCUUCUACUUCAUGUCAUCAGCCUUUGAACCAUUCUUGCGAUCUUCAUACCGGCAGUACACACCAACAGAAUGAUGCAACUACUGCAGCUAAUUCUCGUGCUGUCUCAAACCUAUCGGCUGCUCCAAGCGCUCCUCUUCUACUGGGAAAUAUGAACCAAAACAACGUACAUUUUGUAGAAGACUUGUUGGAAUCGUCUGUCGAAGGUGCAUCAUUAGAAAUUGAAAAUGGUUAUCCGCUUGUUGCUGAUCUGCAACAGCUUUCUUUGCUGAAUCAUAUCCGCAUGUCACUUGAUGAUAUGAAGCAGCAGGAGACAAUGGACAACAUUGUGGAUGAGCAACUGCUGCAUGGUUCAAACACCAGCGGUGCCAAAAUUUUCAAAAAAGCAGUUGGUAACGUUGCAACAGGAGCGAAAGAAGUUAUCGGGUUAUUUGAUAGACCAUUGCUUGAUGUAACAUCUAUUGUUCACAAUGUAUCGUCUGUUCGUGCUUCAAUGACUAGACGUCUGGUUGAUGUUCAAGAUGGUUCAUGCCAAUAUCCACUUCACAAUGCCGUCGCUGUGGGACGUGCCAUAAACGACGCUUCAAGAAUCGAAGACUCUGUGACAAGCAAUUAUUUUGAUCGAAGUGGUGCUGGCGAAGUACCAUAUAUGGGCUGGCAAGCGUCGAAAAGCACGUUGAAGGAGCGUUUUGCAUUUUUAUAUUGCAACGAAAUUCUUGCUGAUAUUUGGUUUGUUGUUGGCCACGGCGAACUUAUGCAGAGAAUUCCUGCACAUAAGUUCAUAUUGAUUACUGGUUCAGCUGUUUUUGAUGCAAUGUUUAACGGUGGUCUGGCAAACAGUGCAAUUGCAGCAGAAACGAAUAGUGUGGAAGGUAGCCAAGACAUCGACUUGCCUGAUGUCGAACCUGGGGCUUUCUUGGCUUUACUCAAAUUUCUUUACACGGACGAUGUUUCUUUUGGACCGGAAAUUGUAAUGACAACUCUCUAUACAGCGAAGAAGUAUGCAGUGCCAGCCAUGGAGCUCGCUUGUGUUGAUUUUUUGAAACGAAAUCUUGGUGCUGAUAACGCUUUUAUGUUACUAACUCAAGCACGCUUGUUCGAUGAGCCGCAGUUAGCUAGCCUCUGUUUAGAUAUAAUUGACAGAAAUACGACUGAAGCUUUGAAUGCAGAAGGUUUUACUGAAAUUGAUUUGGAUACACUCUGUGUAGUUUUGAAGAGAAACACUUUGCGAGUUCGUGAAGCGCCGUUGUUCCUCGCAGUACUUCGAUGGACUGUGGAAGAGUGUCGCCGUCGGACCUUGACCAUCAACGCAGAGAAUCAACGAACAGUACUUGGCAGAGCUUUACAUAUGAUACGUUUUCCGCUGAUGACAAUUGACGAGUUUGCACAGCAUGCUGCUCAAACAGGUAUACUAACUGAUCGUGAAUUGGUCAGCCUUUUUCUGUAUUUUACUGUGAAUCCUAAGCCACAGAUUGAAUUUCUGGAUGUUCCACGUUGUUGCGUGUUUGGUAAGGAAGUAGUAAUUAGUCGCUUCCAACGCGUUGAAGGACGCUGGGGAUACAGCGGUACACCAGAUCGUAUCAAGUUUACUGUUGAUAGAAGGAUCUAUGUCAUUGGCUUUGGUUUACAUGGCUCAAUUCACGGUCCUUAUGAAUACCAAGUGACCAUUCAGAUUCUUCAUUGUGGUACGGGGAAAAUUUUGGCAAGCAAUGAUACGUCAUUUUCCUGUGAUGGGUCUUGUGGAACAUUUCGAGUGCUGUUCAAAGAACCUGUAGAAAUCAGCCCCUGUAUUACUUAUAUUGCUUCUGCACGUUUAAAAGGUCCUGAUUCUCAUUAUGGCACCAAAGGUUUGCGACGUAUUGUUCACCAGUCCCCUUCAACUGGAGUCAUAACUUUUCAGUUUACUUACGCCGCUGGUAAUAAUAAUGGCACAUCUGUCGAAGAUGGCCAAAUCCCGGAAAUUAUAUUCUGCACGAAAAUCAUUUAA